AUGGUGCUCCAUCAAAAGACCGAGCAUGUGUACCCGUACGCCUGGGACGUCGUCUCCCGCGCCUUCUGGAACAAGUACCCGAACGCCAAGCUCACGCACGUCGAGCGCAUGGACGUCGUCUCGCGCUUCAUUGACGGCGAGGGCCGCCUGCACUCGGCCCGCCUGGCCAAGUGCUCCCAGAAUAACAUGCCCGGCUGGGCCGAGUCGAUCGUCGGCAAGUACUCGUAUGUCUACGAGGAGACGAUCUGCGACCCGGUCGCCAAGACGCUGCAGCUCAAGUCGACCAACCUGAGCUUCCGCAGCGUGGCUACGAUCAACGAAGUGUGCCUCUACACGCAGGCGAAGGCCCCCGAUGGUACCUUCUCGCACACCAACUACACGCAGGACGCGCAAGUGAGCGCGUUUGUGCCGUUCCUCUCGCAGAAGCUGGAGCGCCUCUCGGUGAGCCGCGGCGCCGAGACCGCCGCCAAGGGCCUUAGCGCUAUGGAGGCGAUCUGCAAGGAGAUCUUCCAGGGCAGCUUUGCGCUCUGCGAGCCCGCCAAGGCGAGCUCGCUCCACGCCAAGAUCAACCUCGAGUGA